AUGGCAGAGGUAAUAGGUCUGGUCGCCAGCGUCGUGCAAUUGGCCGAUGCAGGUCUGAAAUUGUCAUCGGCGCUGUACCAAUAUGCUGAUGGGGUGGCUACUGCCGAUCGAAGAAUCAAGAAUAUCGCGAACGAAGUCAAACUUACAAGCUUCGUUAUCCAAGAGCUAGGGGGCAUUUUUGAACAAAACAAGACGGCAAACCUGAUUUCGGGAAAUGCAAUUAUAACGGCGAAGGAAACGAUCAAAGAGUGCGAUGCUGUGUUUACAGAGAUCAAGGUGAUAGUCGACAAGACCAAGUCAGGAAAGAUGGGCCGAUUUAUGUUACCUUUCCGGGAUAACAAGAUCGAACUCCUACGAAGUCAGAUCGACAAACUUAAGAGUACAUUGCAGCUGUUGAUGCAGGUACUCAUAUUUGCCCAGCAAGUUUCGUCAAACAAGCUCAGCUACGAGGCCGAAGCAGAACAACGAAAAGAGAUCAUACAAUUGAGGAAAAUCGCGAAAGAAGCAGCCGAAAAAUACGAGAAGUCGCGGAGAAGCUUCAGUAUAAGCGAUGAUGGUACCGCUGUGAAUGAUGACGAGCGGUCCCUACAAGAGGGUGAUGGAUUUGUGUCGCCUUCUGAUUUUUUCAAGGCUGCUUCGUCCAUCAGCUCCACGAUCAAUCCUGAAACACUUGCGACAUGUGUAAACCAUGUUCGAAACCUCUUGGUAGAUAUUGAGACAUUGCAGCUUGCCCUGGCCAGGGAAGUAGACGGAGAUGAUCAUUCAGAUCAUCAUCAGAAGGCUAUUGGGUCUUACUUCAUCGCUCGCUCCCAUCUCGACAGUGUUUUGCUUGGCAACUCCAAAGCCAAAUUCACUAGCACACAAACCCAGCAAAUCAUCAGCGAAACGAGUGCCAAAAGCGCUGCAUCAGAGCUUCAGCGAAAGUCGGUGCCUGAUGCAGCACACGAGAAGUUACCCUACAGGCAUACCGAUACCGCUUCGUAUGCUGCGAUAGUAGCAAAAGACACAGAACGAGUGUCUCGGCCAGAAUCUUCGCCUGAAGAAGUACUGAAGAUAGGAGAGCAACGUCUUCGAAAGUUAGCCCAAGAAGAGGUUCGACGAAGAGAGGGGACUGUUUCCUCUGCAAGAGACGCCCAAUCCCCCAAGCGGCUUUCACUUUCGUCGCUCCAGCCAUCGCAGUCGACCCGCGAUGGCUCUCGUUCACCUUCCGGGUACUAUCUCGUAGAAGAACGUCGGCCAUCUGCGUCUAGUACGGGCCCUCUUCAAAACGGCCCUGGUCCCAAAAGAGAUAAACCUAAACCGAGACUGGUUCUCGCUCAUGCUCCUCCACCUGCACAGAUUGCCUCUGAAUACGAUGUAAAAUCAAAUGCAUCGUGCAGCUAUACAUCAUCCCAGCAUUCUUCUCCAAGCGCAUACCAAGGUCAUAAGACACGCGAGCAUUCGCGUUCCCAGCGAGGAAAUAAAGAAAGGGAUAUCAGGGCGAGUUCGGGGGCUUCAAACUCCCUACCCCCUAGACUAACAUUGACGAAAACUCAGAUACAGGAACAAAAAGAGUUACUAAGGGCAGAGGAAAAGGCGAAGACACAUCAAAGAGAUGUGCCUAGAAGACGGAAAGAUUCACAACAGAAGCUGAAAUUGGGCGACUUCCUUGGAAAUCAAUCACUCGGAUCCUGGGCAGACGAGAUGGAAGACGGGCCUAAGAAAGUCCAAACAGAAAGAGGAAUUUUUGUCUCCAGUAGAGGCAAUUCCAAACCAUCCGAUGUUGACGAGGUGGACGAAUUAUUGAGGGAAUGGACUACCGUGCUCGGAUGA